AAUGAGAAGCUGUGAAAGGCAAAGUUAAGCAUACUGCAUAGAUAAAAACAUCACAAUGCUGUAAAACGAGUCCCGAAUAAACUGAGGCAGUGAAUCACAGAAUAAGGAAUGGGUUGUCAGUCCUCGCGAGAAGCACCGAAAGGUAAUACUUGUAAGGAGCGCUCGGCGAUCUCUUGCAGUAACAAAAAGAUAGUUCAAGACACAUGGAAAAGUCUAUUUCCCGAUCGCGAAAAAAUCGGCAUUGCAAUCUUCAUGAGGUUAUUCGAAGAAGUUCCCGAAGCUAAAGGAUUAUUCUACAAUUUCAAGGAUCUGUACAACAAAGACGAAGUAUUUCAGGGCCUUCAUGAAUUAGAUCACGUUGCUACAGUGAUGAACGAGUUGGGGACUUGUAUCGAGUUAUUGGACGACAUAAACAGGUUUAAGAACUCCGCUCAAGGACUGGGGAGCACACAUAAACUCGUGGGGGUUAAGUCUGAGCAUGUAGUGAUGUUCGGAAAAAUAAUCGUCGAGCUUUUCGCAGAACACUUCAAAUCUUCAUGGACAAUUGAAAACGAAAACGCUUGGAAAGAAUUUUUUGCUUUGUUAUCAGACAACUUCGCAAUUGGCCUAAACGUUGACAACAACAACGACAACGGCAAAUGAGACAAAGACAACAGAAAAUCCGUAGUUCUAAAUGCAUAAUUGAUGAACAUAAUGCGCGUUGAUAACGUGCAAAAUAUGCCCGGUGCAUAAUUAGACACUUUCAACUACUGACAUUCGCAAAAAUUAUUUCACGUUCUAUUCAAAACAAAGUUAGUGCCUUGUUUGUUGCCAAAAACAUGGCGAUCGUAAAACCAGUUGUGCUUCUAAUCAAAAAGU